AUGGCGGAGCGGCUGCGAAAAAAAAUUGCCUUUGUAGGGGCAGGCACAAUGGCUUUUGCUCUGGCUAAAGGUUUCACGUCGUCGAAACGCGUGUUACCCUCGGAGAUCUCCAUGCUCGUGCGGAACGAAACCGCAAGGAAUCAGGCCAUUGAAAAUGGUUAUCUCGCCGUACACACGGCAGAAGAGCUUGGUCCUAUGGAUAUUAUCUUCAUAUCCGUCGGUGCAACGGAAGCUCUAGACCUCUUGCGGCGCUGCGCACCCGUAAUUGAUGGAGCCCGGCAUUUGAUUAUUUCCAUUACUAUUGGCGUUCCUCUGUCCAAACUGGUGGAGACCAUUACGGUGGAGAAGGAAAAGCAGGGACAGGAAAUUGAGGGAAGUCGCCGCAUUGCACGUCUCCUCCCCAAUGUCGCUUGCCAGGCCGGUCGCGGAGUGAGUGUCUUUUGCCUUGGUCCGGACUGCUCCCGUGAUGAUGGCAAGACAAUCAUGGAUCUUUUGACCACUUGCGGGGUUUGCUACCGCAUCGAUGAGCGGUACAUGGAUGCAUCAGCAGCACUAGCGGGAUCGGGGCCAGCUUUCGUGUUUAUGCUUCUGGACGCUCUCAGUGACGCGGGAGUGAAGAAUGGCCUUCCCAGAGUUGUCGCUUCAAGUCUGGCUAUCGAUAUGGUGAAAGGAAGCGCCGAAUUCGCCAGAGCGCAGCAGUCGGUGAAGACCCUCGGAGAGUUGAGAGAGGAGACAAUUGUGCCCGGAGGAGCCACCAUCACUGGCCUCACGAUGCUCGAUCGCCACGGCUUUGUCAACUCGGUGAUUCAGGCAGUAGAGCAAUGCAUGAUACCAGCCGACCCCGACACCGACCUACUCUAA